AUGGUGCUCGCGGCCCCGCUGCUGCUGGGCUUCCUGCUCCUGGCCCUGGAGCUGCGGCCCCGGGGGGAGGCGGCCGAGGGCCCCGCGGCGGCGGCGGCGGCGGCGGCGGCGGCGGGGGCCGGGGGGGAGCGCUCGAGCCGGCCGGCCCCGUCCGCGGCGCCGGAGCCCGACGGCUGCCCCGUGUGCGUGUGGCGGCAGCACAGCCGCGAGCUGCGCCUGGAGAGCAUCAAGUCGCAGAUCCUGAGCAAACUGCGGCUCAAGGAGGCGCCCAACAUCAGCCGCGAGGUGGUGAAGCAGCUGCUGCCCAAGGCGCCGCCGCUGCAGCAGAUCCUGGACCUGCACGACUUCCAGGGCGACGCGCUGCAGCCCGAGGACUUCCUGGAGGAGGACGAGUACCACGCCACCACCGAGACUGUCAUCAGCAUGGCCCAGGAGACGGACCCUGCGGUGCAGACAGACGGCAGCCCUCUCUGCUGCCAUUUCCACUUCAGCCCCAAGGUGAUGUUCACAAAGGUACUGAAGGCCCAGCUGUGGGUGUAUCUACGGCCCGUGCCCCGCCCAGCCACGGUCUACCUGCAGAUCUUGCGACUAAAACCCCUAACUGGGGAAGGGACUGCAGGGGGAGGGGGCGGAGGCCGGCGUCACAUCCGUAUCCGCUCACUCAAGAUUGAGCUGCACUCCCGCUCAGGCCACUGGCAGAGCAUCGACUUCAAGCAAGUGCUACACAGCUGGUUCCGACAGCCACAGAGCAACUGGGGCAUCGAGAUCAACGCCUUUGAUCCCAGUGGCACGGACUUGGCUGUCACCUCCCUGGGGCCCGGAGCUGAGGGGCUGCAUCCUUUCAUGGAGCUUCGGGUCCUAGAGAACACAAAACGGUCCCGGCGGAAUCUGGGUCUGGACUGCGAUGAGCACUCGAGUGAGUCUCGCUGCUGCCGAUACCCCCUCACUGUGGACUUUGAGGCUUUUGGCUGGGACUGGAUCAUCGCGCCUAAACGAUACAAGGCCAACUACUGCUCCGGCCAGUGCGAGUACAUGUUCAUGCAAAAGUAUCCGCACACCCACUUGGUGCAACAGGCUAAUCCAAGAGGCUCUGCUGGGCCCUGCUGUACUCCCACCAAGAUGUCCCCAAUCAACAUGCUCUACUUCAAUGACAAGCAGCAGAUUAUCUACGGCAAGAUCCCUGGCAUGGUGGUGGAUCGCUGUGGCUGUUCCUAAGAAGGGCCCCUGCCCACUGUGCCCCAUUUCUCCUUUAUUCCCCCAAACCCUGUUCUCCCUCAAUACCCACCUACUUAAGCACUUGUAUAAAGCCUCCAGGGUUGGGAAAGGGAGCAGAGGGCAAGAGGGCUGACACAUGAGUUUCCAACCCAUAAUCACCCAACUUAACCUUCCUGAGCCAAAUGGGUUGUACUGAAUUCCAGCAGUCACAGAAACAGUAUGAGGUUAGGGUUUAGGAGCUGGGGGUAGGGGGAAGGGGAGGGGAGAGCCAUCAACAUCCAGGAUCUAUAUGAGAGCCACUAAACUAACCCUCAGGUCCACCCUCAUAGUCCUGAGUUAUUUAGCCAGAGGGUGUGGCCCACAUAUGCCCAAAUUCCCCCCAGCCAAGAGAGACCAAAGAGCCUGUGGAAUACCCCUACUCCCAGCCUCUAUCUUCAGGUCAAUAAGAGUAUAGAGAUCCCAGAGUCACGAGUCUGGGAAGGGUUAGGAGGGGUCAAGAAAGUAGUAAGGAGAUUGAAGGUUACAGGGCAUUUGAAUUCAAAUCACUGCUCUGGGUUAGGGAAUAGAGCCAGCAGACCAAGAUGGAAGGGAUUCUGGAGGGGCAGGGGGACAUUUUAGUUCCCCCAACCCCAAAGCUCAGGGUGGAAGGGGGGAGAACAAGGGAGCAGAGUGUCUAUAAUUAUUUUUAUCUUUUAUUUUUGGAAUCUAGCAGUACCUGGCAGCAGGGAGGGAACAAAUACAGUGGGGAAGGGAAAAGCAUCUGACAAGGCCAGUUAGAGCAGAGGAUUGGAAGGAUGGAGACUCCCUGGUUUGGAAUGCUAGGAAGCAGGCAGGGACUGGUUGCCACUCCAAGUCACUAGCUGGGCCUAUUCAUUCCUCCCACAAUCCUGACCCACCAUCCUCUGGACUCACUGUGCCUCAGUUUCUUCCCCUCGAUGGAAUGAGAAAUAGCAGCACCCGCCACAGCCAAGAGAUGAAUUCUGAGCACUUACCACGGGCACUUUAUUGGACAUAAAAUACCUCUCGCUGUGGGACAGAUAACCAGGGCACCAGAGUAGUGGUGAAGAGAUGUGAGGCUUAGGAGUCACAAGCUUCAGAGUACAAGUUCCCCUCUGCCUCCCAGAUGGACAGUGCCUGAAGCCAAGGAGUUGAGAAAUCUCCUGAUCCACACCCUAUCCAUACCUCACCACCAGACCUCUUGGCUCCAGACAAGAGCCUAGAGGAUGUCAAGAGAGGAGGUCCAGAACCUUCAGCAAAACUGUCACUCUAAGUAGAGCCAGCAGUUAUGGGUCUGAUGCAAACAGUACUGAACUAAAGCCUGGAGAGCUGACCUGGAAGGCUUGUUCUUCCCAAGAGUAUGACUCUCCUGUCUGGCCCAGAUGGUGGAAGGGGCAAAGGUAUGUGACCACCCUUGGGAAGGUGAUGUUGGUGAGCUUUAGUAUCUUAUUCCCAUUCCCAUAGUGAAAAAAUGAGAUGCAGUAUUUGGUACAGGAAUGGGCAGGGGCUGUUAAGCAGUUCAACUCACCUCCCAUGUAACAGCUAUGCUAACCUCUAGCCUCUCCUCUCUGGCCGUUCUAUCCUUCCUUCUACCCCAGUCUUGGAGAACAAGAUACACCUGACCCAUCAACAUCAUUCACAUUUCCUUGGUUGAAGGAGGAACAGAGAAGUGAAGAACAGAAGAUGCCUCCUCCAAGAUCAAAUGCUCAUGUCUCUUGAUCUUGGCACAGGGUGGGGGUUGGGCAAUAGACAUCAGGUGACUUCCCUCUAUAAAUGCUAGAGAGCUGGAGCAUUAGACUUGGAGGACACUUACAAUAUGCCCCUUUAACACCACCAAAUAAAGACCUUUGUGGGGGGAGGGUCUUUUUCUUCUGAACAUAUAUUAUGAAGUCUCAUUCCCUUGGUCCUCCUCACUCCCAAAGAGGCAUGGGGUAAAGAGGUUUGGGGGCACAGUAAAGCAACCUAGUGGGGACUAGCAACCCCUUUCCCACUUUAUGAUGUGUGUGGACCUGGCCAGUGCCCCUCUGAUCAUAAGUAGUGUAAUUAUUAUUUACUUUGUGUAUUUGUUACACCACGUGUGUGAUUGCCUUUGUUUGUUAAGGGUGAUUGAGAAGUAUGGGGGUGACAGGGGUACUGGAAUGCCGGGAAAGGACUUCUUCACUGAGAUCAAGGCUUCCUGGAGGGAACCAUUGCAAAAAGGCCAUCAAGCAGUUUUCAAGUUAUGUGACAGAGGGCAAAGAUGGCCAUAGGGUGCUCUGAGUUUUGGGAUGGUCACAUGACACAAUCCAGCACUUGAACCUGAAAAAAAAUAAAUAAAUAAAAGCAGUCAAAGAGUUUA